AUGGAGCAAGCUAAAAAUGUCACCAUAAUCCGGAGUUACUCCCCAGCCCGCGAAACCCGUGACCCACACCUUCCCGCCAGCCUCUUGCCAGGGAGGCACAACAUCUCAGAGGAAGAUCUCGGUCCACUCGCCAAAACCACCACUGAUGGCCCUAUAAACUCAUUCGUCUACAGAUCACACCAGGCUGUUUCAACUACGAGCCGGGAGAACCUUCUCCAUUUACAAACAGUCCACCGUGUCAGACUUCCAGAAACCGCACAGAUCUCUCUCAUGCAGUCGUCACAUUCCUUAUCGCGUUCCACUCAGCGACCUUCGAGGGCCGAUUCGCCUUCAACUGUCAGCAGUAGCAACGGGGCCAGUAUGGCAUCACAACCUUCCGGUCCCCGAAGCUCGUCAGGUUCUGCACAGUCUCAUGCGUCUCGGUCUGGAGUGCCCGGGAAGCAAAUAUCGCAAAUCGAAGCAAGUGUUACACACCUUCUGGUCGCGACGAAACAAUUACUAGAGACCUUGACUCAGUGGUCUCGACGAUCGGCUACCGAAAACGAGGUAUCGGAUGUUUAUGUACGCUUGGGAUAUGAAUUCAACCUGGCUUGUCGCGCGUUCGGUGCCAUUGGAGUGGACACGUCAGACCUCGGCCCUGUGCCCGAUCUGCUGCGGACGAUUCUUGAAGAUACUUUAAGCCAGGAUGCAUCGCCUCAGAGCCUGGAUCGAUACUUGCCACGGCAUGCCACCGAGGCAAGCCAGUUUGGUAGCCAAGCUGGAAGCGAGCCAGGUCCGUCACAAGCAGCCGAUGAAGCCACACCUGCAUCGCCGCAAAAACGACCUUCCUCUGCCCGCCGUUAUGGAAGCAGCGGCUCCCUGGAGGAUAAACCACCAGUCCCGCGCGAUCACGCAAACGGGAGUUUCUCUGAGCGAGAAGCAUCGCGAAGGGAUGCUGAAAGAACCCUGACCUCGCCUUCAAUGUCAUCAAUGAUGACAGGAUCAACAUUGCAAGAGCAAUCAUUACAAAACGGUAAACCCUCAUACUCAACACCCCCGCCUCCCCCACCACCUCCUCCGAAACAAGACGAUGCAUUGGGAGCUCUACAACGAAGCGGCGAAUUGGAGCGACGUGCUUCGCGGAGAUUUUCAGCUUAUCAAAUACAGAAGCAUCUCGGGACAUCUUCGAAUGGUGUCCCUGUACUGCCCACCCAGACCGUCCCUAUGCCUAACAGAGGCCGGGAUGUGAGAGAAUCAUUGAAUGCUGUUCGAUUACGAGGGUCUUAUGUUGGUCGGCAAAAGUCAGCAAAUCGCCAGGAGUCGUCACCAAGUAGGACGACGUAUCAGCGUUCCACGUCGGUUAUUCCUGAAGAUAUCCAACCAAGCCGGUCGAAGCAGGCUGCUCCCGCCAGUGAAGCGCCAACAAACGACAAUGACAGUCCCGUGUCCAAAGCUCCCACGGAUAAGCUUCGGUCUGCUGUGGAAAUAGACGGUCCCGAUAUCUCUACUACUAAUGGUUCAAUUGUAUUUCCUCAGCCUGGCCAAGGCCUUCCUGUUUCUAACGACGUUGAGCCCGUGAAGAGUCAGCCCAGCGAUACCGCUCCUAUGACGCCCAAGGCUCAAGAUGAGCCUGCCAUCGCGCUCGGCACACCUCCUCAGACUCAACAUUUCAUACCGGAACAGUCUCCAUCUCCAGGCAAGGAACUCACCUUGUUCUUACAAUAUAAGAGUAAAAUAAAGAAAUACGUUAUCCCUGAGGGUUCCACAGGUCUUACAAUUGGGCGUCUUCAGCUCGCAUUUAUUGAGAAGUUCGCUUGGAACACGCAACAAAACGGCGUCGAUCUUCCUGAAAUAUAUAUUCAGGACCCCAUUUCUGGAGUGCGGCAUGAGCUUGAGGAUUUGAGUGACGUUAAAGAUCGAUCGGUCCUUGUGCUCAAUGUCGAAGUCCUUGACGAAGUGAAACGCCAUUUUGACGACGGAAUUGGAAGCAUCCGUCGUUUGAUUGAAGGCGUCAAGAAUGCAGUUGACAGCCAGGAAACUGCAAUGCAGCGCGUCUCAGAGAGGCAACUGGAUGCUGCCAAAGAAAUGGCCCGUCUAGCAGCCACACCACAAAUUGCACUCCCACCUAAUUCUGAUACUAAUAGCAAAGGAAAGUCGCCCGUGCCUCGCGAUGCUAACCGGGUUGCUGAAAUACAAAGCUUGCGACGUGAUAUUGCUGUUUUGCGUCAAACUUAUUCCAACUUUUCAUCUGACAUUGCGGCGUCUAUGAGCAAGAUUCGGGCUAAAGCAGGUGGCGUUAAGACUGCCGCCGCUGCUGUAGCUACGCCGUCGUUUGAAGGUGAUGCGGGACGUGCCCGUAUCAAUUCUGGGAAGAAGGAACUUAGCGAUGAAUCAGAACGACUUGUUGGCCGCGUGGAUGACUUGCAAGAUCUUGUUGAAGACCUUCGAAAGGACGUUGUGUCACGUGGCGUACGCCCACUUCCUCGUCAACUGGAAGCUGUCAGUAAAGAUAUCAGCACGGUCACAAAGGAGGUCAAGAAGAUGCAAGAUUUCCUCAAGCGCGAGAAACCCAUAUGGACAAAGAUUUGGGAAAAGGAACUACAACUUGUUUGUGAAGAGCGUGAUCAACUCACCAUGCAGGAGGAUUUGGCUGCUGAUCUUGAAGAUGACUUGGAAAAAGCCGCUCAGACGUUUGCUCUCGUUGAACAAGCCACCCGACAGCAAAACGUGCAAGCCCCAGAUGGCGGUCCUGUUCUGCGUAGCACGUCUCGCACUCUUGCGAUUGACCAGGGAGUAGACCCGGUCAAGGCAAAGGAUGGAGUUCUUGGAGAGGUUCGUGCUCUUCAGCCGAACCAUGAGUCUCGUUUAGAGGCUAUUGAGCGUGCAGAAAAGGCUCGCCAGAAGGAAUUGGAGUCUCGCCGUGUAGGUCUUUUCCAGAAGGAACUAGGACAGUUUGUCGAGGAAGGGAAAUUGAAGAAGAGCGGUGGAUUUGAGGAGACAGAGCGUUUGCGUCGGGCGAAAGAUGAGCGUAUACGCAAGGAGGUAUGGGAGCGUCAACAAGCUCGAGCUGCAGCGAUGGAAGAAGCGGAAAAGGUUGAGAAGGAAGAGCCUCAAGCAACCUCUCCGGAGGACACAAAGGAAUCCGAUCAAUCUCCUGAUGGUGAAGCAGCCACUGCACAGGAGGAGUCUGCGCAACCCGACGGCGAAGCUGCCGCGGCGGAAACAUCCACUCCUAACGAGGUGGAGAACGGCACGACUGAAGAAAUCCCAGCCGAGUCGAAUGUCGUAUAGACAACAUCGGUUCUUGGCUUGCCGCCAACACGACUUUUGGGGUUUCUUGGUCUUUAUACUCGAAUUUGGUACUACAUUUACGCUAUAUAUUCAUGGGCCAUGAUUGAUGGUCUUUUUUAUUGAUUUCUUGUUUCAUUUACUGUUCCUUGAUAUGUGGAAUUCUUAUGAAAUUUCCGAGGAUACCCAUGAACGUCAUUGAUUAUUUAUUUUAUUAUGAUUGUUAGUCUAUGACUUGAGUACUCCGAUAAGAUAAGACUGCGUAGCAACAAGGGUCCGUGCACCCAG